AUGGCAGCAACCAUCAAACUCGACAAACCUCACAGUCACUUCACAAACUUGGACAACAUUACUGGCAGGGUAAUAUUGAGGCUGCAUUCCGAUACCGCUAUUAGCACUAUUCACGUAAAGCUCGAAGGGGAGAGUCGCACUCGACUCGCUAAUCCGCGCAAUGACCGGGAGAAGAGAAAGAAUGAGAUUGAAGUGCAUAAAAUCUUGUAUAAAGUAAAGUCUGUUUUCCCGAGCCCAGACAUCGCCCAACAUAGCUCUCCAAAUGCCUCAUUUACUCUCGCCCCUGGUGUUUAUGAAUACCCAUUCCAGUUCAAGUUUCCGUUCAAUAAUUCCUGCAGCAACCAAAAUUCAAUGUUGACAAAUCUCAACAUGGUCGGUUUACGUGUUGAGAUGGCACGAGACACGUAUAAUCAUGUCAAGAGGACGCUACCCCCUACAUUAAGCACAUUUCCUGGCGAGGCAGAGAUCAAAUAUUAUGUGAAAACGACGGUUGUGCGUCCGCAAUUUUACAAGGAAAAUAUUCGUUCGAUUGCACCAUUCAAUUUCCUUCCUAUAGAACCUCCUCGAACUGGAAACCCCAACGAAGAGACCUACGCCAGACGUCAACACGUAUUUGCCAAACCACCUCCACCGUCAGUUCUAAAAAAGGGCGGCCUUUUCCGCAAGCAAUCGUAUGUAGCUGCCCCCAGCGCUGCUGUCGAUCCAAUACGGGUUUCGGUUGAUGCAAGAUUACCGAACCCCGCAAUUCUUACAUGCAACGAGCCGAUCCCGUUACGGAUUAUAGUCACUAAGCAAUCUCACACUUCUGAAGCGAUCUAUAUGCAGCUACUCCAGAUUGAGUUGGUUAGCUAUACAAAUAUCAGAGCUCAUGAACUUGUUCGAACAGAACCUCUUACGAACUUAAUCUUUAGCCGCAGCAAUAUGAAUAUCCCCAUCGGGCUAGGUACAGACCCCCUAGGAACAGAGUGGACAAUCGACGCAAGCCUAUGGAACAGACUCCCACUUCCGCCGGACGUUGCGCCUUCGUUCGAGACAUGCAAUAUUUCUCGGAGCUAUGAACUGGAAGUACGGGUUGGCUUGUCACAUGGCUCUGCAGGUAGAAUGAUGACUAAUCAGAACCGCCCACAGCCACAAGUCAUUGUUGUCCCCUUGCGGUUGGCCGUGCAGGUAUAUUCUGGCAUCCGUCCGCCGCCUGCUCUUCUGGAGGCCAUGGGCGCCAAUGGAAGAAUGGGCAAACGGCCUCAAGGUCCCACAGCAACAAAUCAAGAGAAUCCUCCACCAAAGCCGCCACGACCAUCUAACCAACCAUAUGAAAUGGAUAAUAAUGCUGCCGAUAAUGAUGCGCCACCGAGCUACGAAGACGCAAUGGCAGAUAUGCUUGGUCCGAUAGAUGGGCCCCGCGGGGAUUAUCAAUCUACCACGCCCGCUAUGGAUCGGAGUCUUUCAGGGCCUCCAGGCCCCAUUGGCGAUACCAAGGCACCUAUCAUUGAUUCCGAAGAAGAAGAUGACCACGUUAACAACGGCAACAACAACAGCAGCAUUACACGCUCCUUCUCUCGGGAUUCGUCCGAGUCUGUCGAUAUGCUCCCUCAAUCACCACGGUUACGCCCAACAUCAUACGCGGACAGCGUUUUUGAAGAGGCUGCAUCAUCCUCAGCAAAGGGAUCUCAUAAACCCGGCGAACAAAGCCAGACCAAUCACAGCACUACCGAUAAUAUACAGGUGGAGCAACAGACACUAUCACAAGCACCUCCUCCUCGUCGCGCAUUCAGCACAGGGGUGCCGAAUCGACGACCUGUGCCAAACUCGGGUCAAUCACGAGGAAACCCAUCAUAA